AUGCUUUAUUGUGGUCAAGCUCAAACGAAUGCUCAAAUGAAUAAGUUUCUUGAAACAAUGGCGGAUUGGUAUCGAUACGCAGAUAACCGAAAAAAAAUUGUGGGCUUUUGCGCGUACGUGAUUCGAAAUUCGGUGGGGAAAUUAUACGCCGCGAGGUAUAAAAUGAAAUCUCGGGCGAAGGUUUUCAAGAAAGCGACACGCGAUCUUAGCCGUCCACUUAGGCAAAGUAUGGAUAAUCGGACACCCGAGUAUGCGGAAUUGUUAAGAUUAGGGCUUGCGGAUGCUAUUGAAGGAAUUAGGUUUUCACAUAUGUCUAUGAUUCCGUCGUGUGAUUAUACUCCGUUUCCUAGGAAGUGGGUCCCACAUCAUGAGCGGGUGUUGCUUGAUUAUAUAAAAUUACGGGAUUUAAAGUUGUUUUGUGAGCUACAAAGAUCGGUUAAAGAACAACGAUUGUGUUUACCUCAAGACAUGCUUGGGGAGAUCGUGUGGGAUUACAAGACACGAAGUCUCGGUUUAAAAAGGUCACGAGGUCCUUUCGAAUCACCCGCUUAA